AGCGGCUUUCCUGGUUCCAAAGGCUGCCUGCGUAACUAACAAUACUGCAGUGUCUCUGAUAGGAAGGAGAUAAAGCCCAGGAGUUGCUGUUUCUACUCUACUCAUUUUUGGAUUAAUUUUGUCACUAGAACAUUACAUUUCUAGGCAUGGAUAUUCUCUUGGAUUCUGGAUAAAUAGAAAUAUUUCUCCCAAUUUCAAAGCCAACACAAUUUUUCUAACUCACUUGUUUUUCAAGAUCGGGAAACGAGUCAUUAACUAUGACUGCCUUGUUCAGAGGCAAGUGGGGUCAGAAGUCACAGGAAAACCCAGAGAAGCAACUAGCAGCUGUGGUUCAACCCAGCCAUGAUGAGGACGAUGAUGAGGAUGACCCAAAAGUUGGUUUCAGCAGGGAACCUAUCCGCAGGAACUCCCGCUUUUACCGGUCAAUGAGGAAGAAGAGGCUGGUCUCAUCUGAGCAGUCUGGAAAUACUACCAGGCGUAGUUUGGACCAAAGUCCAUCCGGCACUGCAGGAAUCUCCUUCUCUAGUUCUCCCUUACCCCACAGAUCACCUUUGUUGUCAGGAGCCAAACACCCUCAGCUUUCACCACAGCUCCAUCAUUCCAGAACGGUGUUGCCAAGCAAUGGUGAGACCAGCAGCAGACAUGCUCUGUACAACACUGAUGCUGCGGAUAGGACAAGAGCAGUGGGAGGAGGGAGGAGUGUAGACAUAUCCGCUGCCUCCAACAGCCAGCAUAAAGAUUUUACAGCUGACAUGAUCCCUUACCGCACUCACAGCAUUCAUACUGGAGACAUUAAAAUGCUGUCUGAGCAAACGGCUGCAGCUUGCACUGUACAGGAGGUCAGAGGGAAAACCAUGAGCUCACAUCAACCCUGUUCUGGUGGAGAAGACCAGGAUAACGUCAACCUCAGGUUGCUGAGCAAAGAAAAUAGCUCGAAGACAAUCUCCCACAGCCUCAACAUCAUCAAAAACAUUGCCUUCCUAUACCAGGAAUAUCGAGACACCUCCAAGCUGCAGGAGAUCGAGCUACGGCGACAACGUGAAACCCUUUCACCUGUGGUCACAGGGUCUAUGUUGUCAGGGACCACAGCAAUGUCCCCCCCGGUGUUACAGCUGCAACUGAGGAACAGUGCACGCUCACUGAGCUUGUGGCAGAAUCUAGAAGCUGUGCAGGCCAGUGGCCUGCUCACCCAGUUACCACAGAAAGAAAUCAUAAUGCAAGAGGCCAUGUUUGAGCUUGUUACCUCCGAAGCAUCCUACUACAAGAGUUUGGAAAUUUUAGAGACUCACUUCCUGCGUAACCCUGUUUUAAUCAACACUCUCAGCCAAUCCGACAUGCAUUUUCUGUUCUCCAACAUCGAGGAAGUUAUGAAAGCCAGUGAAAGGUUCCUGAUGGAUCUUGAGCACCGAAUCGAAAAAUCUAUUUUGAUUUCUGAUGUGUGUGACAUUGUCCACUACCAUGCUGUGGAACACUUCAGUGUCUUCAUCAAAUAUGUCAUUAACCAGGUGUACCAGGAGAAAAACUACAGACGCAUUUUGGAGGGAAAUCCGGCAUUUCGAGAGGCCAUGGCUAUACUGGAGAACAAUCCACGUGUCAGGGGCUUGUCCUUCACUUCAUUCCUAAUCCUUCCUUUCCAGAGAAUCACAAGACUCAAGCUGCUAGUACAAAAUAUCCUGAAAAAAGCAGAGGAAAACUCAGAGAGGGAAGCAAAUGCUAUAAAAGCACACCAGCAACUGGAACAGAUUGUGAAAGAGUGCAACGAGGGGGUGCGAAAGAUGAGUCGCACAGAGGAGCUUAUCUGCAUUGAGAAAACCCUGGAGUUUAAAACCAAGUCUGUGCCCAUCAUUUCCCACUCACGCUGGUUGCUAAAGAAGGGUGAAGUGCAGCUAAUGGCUGGACCUAAGAGCACUAGGACCAUGCGAAGUCGUAAGCUCUAUCAACCCAUCUACUUGUUCCUUUUUAACAAUCUACUGCUGGUCACUAAGCGCAGUUCUAGUGGGGACAAGUUCCAAGUCUUUGACUCUUGCACACGGGCCAUGUUGAGGACUGAAGAUCUUGAAGACCAGGGCCAGCUACUGGCCAGUGUCUUUAAUCUUAAACUGCUGGAGAACCAAGAGGAGCGGCCAGUCAGCUACAUGCUCAAGACCUCCAGUAUGAGUGAUAAAUUGCGAUGGAUGUGUGCUCUCACUCCUAACCGCCGCACACGUUUUAUGUCAACUACUGCCCACCAACCAGACUCUCCACAGGUGCAAUGUAUCAUCUCAUACUCAUCUCAGGAGCCAGAUGAACUCUCAAUUGAGAUGGCCGAUGUUUUGAACCUACUAGAGAGAACAGAUGAUGGCUGGAUGAUGGGCGAAAGACUCCAUGAUGGCGAAAGGGGCUGGUUCCCUAGUCGCGUAGUAGAGGACAUUCAGAGCAAGGAGGUCCGAGUUCAGAACCUGAGAGAGGCUUUUAGGAUUCAGCAGACACAGGAAGGCGGAGAAGGCCCACCAACUGGGGCCAGGGUUGGUUUAAGGGUGGGGAGACGAACCCCAAAGGUCUCCAACUUCUCCAGUCAUUGGAUUGAUCAAAUGGGAGAGAGCAGUGCAUUAAAGCAGUGAGUCAGAAACAAGAUGAAUAUUAUCAUUCACAAUCAUGGGCACUUGAGUGAUUGAGUAUUCAGAUCAACUCAGUAGAAUGACUCAGUAAUCGGGGACAAAUUAUUUAAAUAAGUUCAUAACCUUUGUACAAUCAAUGCUGCAUGUCUAAUAUAAACAUGUGCUCGAGGUAUUUUGUUGGCCCACAAACUGUGUAAUGCAUCCAGCAAAACUCUGGUUUGGUUAGGAGCUAUAUGCAUGGCAAGAACCAAAAAAGCUAUUGUUAAGGUACUGUGAACUUCCCUCAGCUGCAUGGGCAAGUCAGACUUUUAAUGUGUUUGUUUUAUUGUGAAAUACUGAAAAUACUUUCAACACUUACUAUUUCUCAGACCUAAAACAAAAGCAAGUCAAGUACCUGUGACUGGUGAUCCCUGAAAUACACAACAAAUUAUUUCAUGAAAGUCAAAAAGGAUUAUUGAAAAAAUGUGUCUGGAUGUUUAAACAAGCCAGUCAGAUAAAGUCAUAUUCCUCUCAAAACUUUAUCACUGAGUGUUGAAUUCUUACUAGAGUCAGACUUCAGUACUGGUUGUAAAAGAUAGUUCUGUUAUGGAAAGCAGCAAGAGUAGUCAGAUUGGCUUUAAACAGUUACAACCAUGGAUUCCAGCAGUGACAUGCUUUCAGACUGGCUACAAAAGUGUAGGGAUGUGGUUGCACAGAAAUCAGCAAGUUAUAAAUGGACCUUAUCCACCUCAAAACACACACACAGCCUAUAGACCUUUUACAUUCUAGCUAUUGUUUUGUUGAGGUAAAAUGAGGAAAUUUUUACUCCAUGCUUCCUGAGGCAACUCGUUGGAUCGGCUCAAUGAGCGUGUAUUGUACAUACCAUACAGUCAAGCAUCUCUAAACAGCUCAAUGGUAAGAAAGCUGGCCACUCUAUUAUAAACAAAAUGCCUGCUGACUGCUUCUUCCCUAGAGAGUUCUUGCACGGUUUGGAGCCACGCUAUCGUGUUGUAGGAGGAAGUUGGCUCCAACUGCUGAAGGCUCAAGCACCACCCAUAGGGUAUAGCAGGGUGUGGACUAAUAGCCUACCUGAUUCAUGAUCCCUUUAACCCUGUAGAAAACUCCCAGUUUUCCAGCACUAAAGCCCCUCAGACUGUCAUAUUUCCUCCACCAUGUUGACAGAUGGAAUCAGGCAGUCCUCCAGCAUCCUUUCAUUUGUUCUUCAUCUCACUAAUGUGUUUGGGCAGUUAGCUUUUUAACCUGAUAAUAUCUGAAAACAGUCGUCCAUACACCCAUGGAGAUACUCCAUUGAAAAUCUGUCAUUCCAGCUAAAAUAGUUAUCGAUCACAUUCAGAUUUCCAGUUCAGACUGCAUUACAGAAAACAGAAAAAACACUAAGUUUUAAGCCUACAAUGUUUAAUGCUCAAAAGAUAUAUCUGGUGUGAAAUUACACUUAAAAAUUGGCAAUUUAAGGAGUACACAUGCAUAAACACACAUACACAAGGGAUAAUUCAUGUAAUAGCAAUUUAAUGCCAAAUAGCAGUAUGUCAUAAUGUAUUAACACUAUGCACAACUGUGAGUAAGCCUGAUUCUAAAGCCUGUGUGUCUUUAAAUAUGAUGUAUAGUAAUGCAGACAUUCAAUGUUUAAACAGUUAAUUUCUCAGUAAGUGUCAUUUCAUUUUGAAAGAUGUAAAUUAUUGCUCAUUAAAAGCAUUUAUCAAAUGUG